AUGUCCUGCCCAGACUCACUGCCAGGCCCACCUGACGCUCUUUGGGGGCAGACUCUUGACAAAAGGGAGAAGUGUCCAGCACUGUGGAUUGCCAGCCAGGACAGGUCCUACCUGUUUUCUCCUGAAAGAGGAACUUGGGACCAGUGUAAAUUCUACUGCAUUUCUCAAUCUGCCAAACUGCUCAAGCUGGAGAGUAAAGAAGAGUUGGAUUUCAUAACUGCAACAUCUUUCCAAUACUCUGAACAUCGUGCAGCUGGUGCAUACUACUACCCAUUCUGGACUGGAUUGUCAUACAACUCUGGAAAGAGGAUGUGGUUCUGGACAGAUGAUUCAGCUCUCUCCUCUAACCUGUUUGUGCUCUCAGAUCUCAAUCCUCAGAAUUAUGAAGGUGGAGCUUGUGCAUAUUUGCAAGGUGAUAAAGUGAAACCUGGAGUCUGUGGAGAACUUCGAUUCUGCCUUUGUGAGAAACAGAAGGAAAUACAGGGGAAAAAUAAACUUCAUUGA